GUGAUGGAGACCCGCCAGGUGACCAGGAGCCCCCGGGUGCGGCGGCUGCUGCUGCUGCUGUUGCUGCUUGUGCCCUGGGGCACCCGCACUGCCUCAGGUGUGGCCCUGCCUCCUGCCGGGAUCUUCAGUCUCCGCACCCCCGGCCGGGCCUCGUGGGGUCCAGUCACCCCACUGUUGCGGCGGAGCCUGGCGCUGGCGGACGACGCGGCCUUCCGAGAGCGCGCGAGGCUGUUGGCCGCCCUCGAGCGCCGCCACUGGCUGAACUCGUACAUGCACAAGCUGCUGCUGCUGGACGCGCCCUGAGCGCCCCGCCCACCCACAUUAAUAAAGACUCUGCGGAGAGCU